AUGCCUUCCACAAUCGACCCGGCCAUCCUUCGCGCCCUGUCACUAGAUUCCUCCGCAAAGAUAUCAACCCAUGGAGGCUCCGGCUUUGCAUCGACAUUCCGGAUCAGUACGCCAUCAGCCUCGGUCUUCGUCAAGACGUCCUCAUCGAAUGGAGCCGCAGUGAUGUUCGAAGGAGAACACGCCUCACUCAAUGCCAUUCAUAACGCCGUGCCGAGUCUAUGUCCCAAGUCAUUUGCCUGGGGUAAGUUAGACAAGGGCGGGCAUUUUCUCGCCACGGAGUUUCUGGACCUUGGUGGUCGUAACAGGAGCGGGGGUGGUGGCAGCGGCAUGAGUUUGGCUCAGAAGCUCGCAAAGUUACAUUCCACGCCGGCUCCGACACCUGAAGGUCAUGACUCUCCACGAUAUGGAUUCCCAGUAUCUACGUGUUGCGGAGACACGCCGCAGGACAACACGUCCAGCUCGUCGUGGGCAGAUUUCUUCGCGAAGCGGCGUCUACUCGCGAUACUGGAACGAGGUGAGAAGAACAAUGGACGAGAUGAGGACCUACGGCGCACGGUGGAACGAACGAUCAAUGAGGUCGUGCCCAGAUUACUUGGUGAUGGACAUCUAGGUGGCAAAGAAGGGAUCAAGCCUGUCGUUAUACAUGGUGACUUAUGGUCCGGGAAUAAGAGUCGAGGGAGUUUCGUGGGGCGGGAUACUGCAAGUCCUGAUGAGCCCGGCCCUGUGGAGGACUUGGUGUUUGACCCGUCGAGUUGCUAUGCGCAUAACGAGUACGAUUUUGGGAUUAUGAAUAUGUUUGGCGGUUUUGGGGCCGGGUUUUGGAAGGAGUAUCAUUCUACUGUGCCGAAGACGGAGCCGGAGAGUGAGUAUGAGGACCGCGUGGCUCUGUAUGAAAGCUAUCAUCACCUGAAUCAUUACGCUAUCUUUGGGGGAGGGUAUAAGUCUGGGGCGGUGAGAAUAUUGAAGGGGUUGUUGAGGAAGUAUGGCGAGAAAUGA